GUGAGGACUCAGUUACAAAAAAGUUGUUGUUCGCAGCUCGCGUUUAACCCACACACAGACACAGCUGGACAGACAUGUCGUCUUACUGACAAAACGCAGGAUUAGCUCCGCAGAGCGACGAGCACGCGACGCUUUCCUCCAAAUGUUCCUGGACGUUUAAUUGCCUGGAGAUAAGAAAAAGCGGAGCAGCAGGAUGACGUACGCGUCACUGAUGGCGCUCGUGCUGGUUUACCUGCCGGCAGAGCUGCUGUCCAUCCAGGUGAUCGUUCCACAGAAGGAGAGGAGCACGACGCUGUUCGCCUCGGUGGUCCUGCGCUGUGACUACACAACCUCAGCAAACCCUCAGGAGGUCCUGGUCACCUGGAGGUUCAAGUCUUUCUGUAGGGACCCAGUGCUGGAGUAUUACUCCACAGGUUAUCAGGCCGCUCUGCAGCUGCGUCAGGACCCCACCAAUGACUGCCCUGACAGUCAGCGCACCAUCCGCACCGUGAUCCAGAAGAAGGGCAUCAACCAGCCCUCGCUGGGCUCAGACUACCUGAACCGCAGGAUUACCAUUCUGAACAAGGCCGACCUGGCCAUCACGGAGGUGAUGUGGUGGGACAACGGCGUGUAUUUCUGCACCAUUGACGCUCAGGGUGACACCACCGGUGACUCCGAUCAAGAAGUCAAACUCAUCGUGUACAGCUGGCUGACGGUUCUGUUCAUCAUCCUCGGCGCCCUCCUGCUCCUCAUUCUCGUCUUCAUAUGCUGCUGUCAGUGCUGCCCGCAGAGGUGCUGCUGCUACGUGCGCUGCCCGUGCUGCCCUCGGACCUGCUGCUGCCCCGAGGAAGCUGUGAUGCAGCACAGGAUGCUGCAGGAGGCUAAGAAGGCCAUGGUUCCCUGGAUGAACGGCCAGCCCAUUUACGUUCCCAUUAGCUCCAACGCCUCCUCCCAGGGCGUCCCUAUUCUGUAUUCAGGCUCUUACUUGGACCAUUCUGUCAAGACAAACCUGCCCAUGCCUCCACUGCAGCUGAAACCUAUGCCCCUGCAGCAGCACCCCCCUCCUCCUCCUCCUCUACAGCAUGUGAUUAGCAGUCCACACGGCAGCGUCAAAGCCAACGACCAUGUGCUGAACUACCUGGAGAACCAGAUCAGGGGCCUGGAUGUAGGUGCUCCCCACAUGGCUCCACCCAGCGCCCAGAAUAUGCUGCCAUUACAUCAAUAUCCUCAGGCACAGCCUUCAGCACCUGCAGGUGUUCCCCACACAUCUGGGCCCCCGAGUAUGUUGUCAGCACUGGAUGAGAUGGGGGUCAGAGGUACAGAGAGGAGAGUGAUCACGCUGCCUCCCAUCAUCGGGCGCGUAGCCAGCUUGUCGUCCCGCAGGGGGCCCGGAGGUGGAGACGGAUCCCGGGGUGGCGCCAGAAUAUCCAGCCAGUCCAGCGGGAGCACAAGUCGGUCUGCGGGAGGCUUCCCUCGCGACAGCCGUGGGUGCAGAGAAAGGGACGCCUCUCCUCCCAGGCGGGGGAUCUUACGCGACUACAGCGAUGACUUGGACUGGGAGGACCGGCGAAGAAGAGCGCCACACCGGGCGAAGGAGAGGGGCAGCUCAGCCGUGAGGAGAGGCGACGGGUCCACGCGUAGCCAUGGCGACCUGAUGGAGGAGCUGCGCCUCAAAGCCUCCCGGAGGGAGAGGAGCUGCUCGCCGCCGCAGCGCGGCAGGGAGUCGUGGAGGUCGGACGACGACAGCGGCAGCCGGCGGAAAGGAGGUAGAUGGAGGGAGGAGUCGGAGAAGCCUCCGAGCUACUCCUCCAUUGAGAUCGAGUCCGGAAGCAGCUACGGGCAGAGGAGCUACACCUGCCUCUCCGAUCGAACCUCCUGUAGCCCCACCAGCGUGGUGAUAUGAAGCAUUUCAGUUUUUUUUCUUAAAUCGUUUACUAAAUGUUUUGAUAACAAUGAAAAUUAAGGCGAACAAAGUAGGUUCAUGAAUCUAUUCAAUCAACAUAGAAGGACUUAGUUAGAAAGCACUAGAAGACACUGUAAUUGUAACAAAAAUAUAAUUUGUUUGCAUAACAAUAAUUGAAGAUGUAAAUUGUAGCUGCCUCAGUUAUAUAAACCUUUGUCUCUUUUUAACAAGAUCAUUAAUACGGAUUUUACCUUUGUCGAUGGCUAUUUGUGUAUGUUUUUUUGUUAACUUGUAAUAGUGUCUACAGUCAGAUUGUUGACACUGAGAUGUGACACUGUGAACAUCUUAUUAGUGUUUUUGUAGACUGAUAAUAUAGUCUUAAUUUUGUUUUUUAUAUACUUUUUGUAUUUAAAACGUUUUUGUAUUUGAAGCUUUGGUAAAUUUGUAAAAAUUCACACCAUACAGGUGUGAAAACCUUUAGUUCUGUAAUGAAGUGGUGGUUUUCUAAUAAAUCUUAGAUACAGCCAGUGUGAAGUGAAAUUUUUUAAUUUGAGCAGACAGACAUAGUUGAAAAUGUGCAUCCGUAAUACAAGAUUAUCCCCAGAAUUCAUUUCAGGGAUUAAAUUGUUUUCUAUCAUUAUAGGGUUAAAUGUGUGCAUGUGUGUGUGUAUAUAUACAAACAACACACCUCUCACGCUGCAUGUGUGUGGUCCUGUAGCAUAGACUUGUGCCAGCUCACAUGAACCCCUCAUUAUUUCAUGUAUUUUAGGCUGAUGGUAAAGUAAUUAACCUUAACGAGCAUCUGAGUCCCAGGACUAGUGUACAGAACAGGUUGAAUCAGACAUGCAGAUUUUCCAUUGAGACCCUGGUGUGUUCAGCAGAGGGAGCUACAGACGUGACCUAUUCUCUUCAUGUGCAUGACUCAGACAUAAACAAUGUCAUUGUCUUUAUUUUUCUGAGCCGUGUUUAAUAAAUAUAACCAUGGACAACACCGGUCUGAAGCACUGUAACCGUGCUAUGAUU